AUGUCCCUCCUCACCUGCAUUCUCGGUGCCUCCAUAGUCUCUGCCUACCCUUCACUUACCAUGAGACAAGAAGCCGCAUCAGAUGACACCAAUGCCUUCAUCGCCCCCAGGGAGGUUGAGGACUCCAUACGCGGUCCCUGGUCCAGCGUCAUGCAGCACCGGCCCGACGAGACGGUGAGCUUCGCGCAGGCGGCCGAGGCCCGCGCCGCGAGGCUCCGCGACGCCGCCGCCGAGAACCCGGAGUUCACGCAGCCCGAGGCGGCCGUCAACGGGAGCUUCACGCAGCUGGCUGGGGUGCUGUGUGCAUUUGGCGGGAGCGCGGCCGACGGUCAGGCGAGGAGGGAUUGGAUCAAUGCCAGCUUUGUGGAGGAGAGGUUGCCUUAUGAGCUGGGGUGGGCCAGGUCGUCGGAGGUGUUCACUGCGGCGGACUUUGGUGGUGUCAUUGCUGGGCUGAGAGCGGCGACACCUGCUUGA